AUGGAGAGUAUGGAUGCUCAGAUGGACCUCAAGAAGCAUUAUGUUCUGGACGACAAUGGAAGACCAAUAUCCAUUGCUUCGUCUUCACAGCCAUUCUCCAUUGACGAUAUCCGGACAUGUGCCAUCUGUCGGGGCUCGUUACGCAAGGUGUCCCGUUACGGAAGACUUGUGAGGCGCGCAUUAUUGGACGAGGCAACGAAGAAGUUCAUAUUAUAUUUGAACCAGAAAUACGUUCCCAUGGCUCAAGACCUCCCGAGGUGCAUAUCAAAGUUGCAAAGCGAAGAACUGCGAGCAAGGGCGAAAGUAACCGCAAACCAGGUGUUCAGAGCCAGUGUCAAGACCCGGAUCGAGGGCCCUCCAGAGCAUCAGGUGCGAUUGAUGAUAGGUCAUGUUAGCAAGUAUGACAAAGGGCGCUGGAAGGAACUCAUCGCUCUUCGGGGCAGGGUAACUGAGUAUAAAAGCAGGGUGCGGAUAGAGGAGCAGCCGUUUGAUCAAGUCCGCAACAUGGUAGACGAUGCGCGCCGGCGCAAAAGGACCCCUGGACAAUUCGAAUUCGACGCAAAUGUACUUCAAACAAAAGGACACCUGCAGGCUACAGCCCUCCUGUUGCGCCUGGACAUGGCCCUUUUGGCGGACUUUCUCUCCCUCCGCAAACUAGUACUACCCGCCGCCGCCAGAGAAAGCGACCUAUACGUCAACUUGGGAGAGUACAGGAAAGAAAGUCGGCAACUAAUUACUAAUGCAGCAAGAUCACGACGCAUCCUACAAGAGGCAGAGGGGAACAUCUUUCUCGCGCAAUUCUGUGCACUCGAGCGACAGAAUCUGACAGAGCCAACCCAAGCCGAGACUCUGCUCCAACAAGGCACAGCUGCAAUUGACGAGGCCGAGAGGCUUUGUCACCUCCACGCUCAACAGACACGCGGCGUUCUGGAAGAAAUCGAGGGAACCAGGGCAAUGCUUCGUGGGUCCGAGUUCUAUACACCCGUCACAAACGAGGAGCGUAUGGCCGUGCUGGCUGCAAUGGCGCGGGAGUUCCGAGGAACGGGGCACUGGUAUUAUUGCGAAAACGGACACCCAUUCACGAUUGGGGAGUGUGGUGGUGCUAUGGAGUUGUCUCGGUGUCCCGAGUGCGGCGCGGCUGUGGGUGGCCAACAGCAUGAAACGACUGCUGGUGUGACCCACGCCCGUGAUCUAGAGAAUGCUUUGCGGGAAAUGCAUCUAUAG